AAAGCACUGGUUGACUUCAAGUGUCAAAAUAGAUUUCACUGGCUUUAGUGUCAAAAAAGGUCAGAAAAGUCGAGUGAGCUUUCAAAAUUCGCGAUGAACGAUGCAGUUAUCCAACACCACUUCGAAGAAGUCUUCAAUGCUCUCCAAGAGAAAGACAACUUCGAAAUUUUCACGAAAAUCAAAGCUGUCACGAAACCAAGAGUACGAAAAAUCAUUACCAACAUUAUCGAGUCUCCAUCACUGCUCCAAGAUGAAUCAUUGAGCGAAGACGAAUCGCGUUUCGGAAAAUCAGAAGAUCUGACGCUUUCUUCCUCCUACAGGCCGAAGAGUUUCAAGUCCGAAGCAGUUGCAAGUCGAGAUAAUAAAGUGGAAAUGAGGAACACGCUAUUCGAGUGCAGGUUUUGCGGAAGAUACAUCUUGGGGGACUUCUUGGAGGUGCACGAGGAAAAAUGUGGCUCCGAUACUGUUUGAAAAUCUCUGGUUAUAUUGAUACUAAGGGGCUCUCUGACCAGCCAACAUGCCAUAUUAAGUUUUUCAAUAUGGAUAAUCAUUAUUACUUUUUUCAUCAUAUAUUAUAUUGUAGGUAUAUAUCUCUACAA